GAUACAAAGACCAAACUCUGGACUCUGAGGGGCUUCAAACUACAGUGGCCGACGUGAAAACGGCCUAUGUAGAGCCAGUGUUUGCUUUGCCUGUUCUGGGCCACCGUAGAAAGGUGGUGGUUCAACAUGGCAGGCUUCCUAGACAAGGACCCACUUCCUGUGUCAACAGCUCUUUAUAAGGUAACAAAAACACAACAGUUCUUAUUCUCAGUUGAUUAUACACUUAAGAAAAUGUACUUACUAUAUUAAAUUAAAUUUCUGCCAUUAUAUCCCCCUAAAUUCUACACACUGGGCCUUUAAAGUCAUAAAAAUGAUUAUACUAAUGAAAGGUAUGGGGCAGUAUAUCUUGUUUUUGGGGAGGUGUUGUGCUUUUCUUUCAGUCUGCCAUGGACAGACCUGACACUGGACCAUUUCACUGCUGAAAAUGAAACAUGGAGGUUCCCUCAUUUGGCUCCUCAUUAGGAACAGUCAUGGGAUGUGGCGUCACGAAGUCCGACCAUUUCCACAAAACAUCUGGUAAAGCUAUAAAAUCUGCCAUCCUGAUUCAGCGAUGGUACCGUCAGUAUGUCGCCCGCACAGAGAUGAGACGGAGAUACACCUGGCACAUCUUCCAGUCCAUCGAAUACUCCGGCGAACAGGCUCAGAUAAAACUUUACAACUUUCUCGGCUACCUCAUGGACAAUUUCACACCUACAAGCAAUGAACGGAAUUUGAUCUCACACAUCUUCAGAGAGAACGAGAUCUGUCGCGAUGCAGAGUGGGAGAGGUACUUCUGCUACAAGAACAUCGAAGUGCCAGAGAUUUACUCAGGACCUCACCUCACCUUCCCUCUGACGGUGGAGCAGGCGGUCGGGCUGGUGGAGGCCUUCAGGAACAAGAAACAGCUGCAUUCACGUUACGUCCUCCAGCUGCUGCUUGAGACGUGGAAACAGCUCCGGAUGUUGCCAAAUAUCAACCGUGUCUCCACCUGCCGCAGCAAAGAAAUCACUAUUUGUGGUGAUUUGCAUGGACAACUGGAAGACCUGCUGCUGAUUUUCUACAAGAACGGCAUGCCGUCCUUGGAGAAGCCCUACGUGUUUAACGGAGACUUUGUAGACCGAGGCAAAGACUCCAUCGAGAUCCUCAUUAUCCUGUUUUCAUUUCUGCUCGUCUAUCCGAGUGACGUCUACCUCAACAGAGGAAACCACGAAGACCACAUAGUCAACCUGAGGUACGGCUUCACGAAGGAGGUGUUGACGAAAUACAAGAUGCACGGCAAACGUAUCUUGAAGUUGCUGCAGAAGAUUUUCAGCUGGUUGCCGUUAGCGACAGUAAUCGAUCAGAAGGUGCUUGUACUCCACGGAGGGAUUUCAAACAGCACAGACCUCGGCCUCCUCGCCAGAUUGGACAGACACAAUUACGUCUCAGCGCUGAGGCCUCCAAAGAAGAGAUACCACAGCUCAGCGGGGUUGUCCAUCGACUCGGACAUGGACGAGGAGGUCUUGUCCAACCACCGGAUCUUCCAGCGUCGGACUUCCCUCACGUUUCCCAAACCCCUUGGGACCCGCGACAGCUUCCAGAACCGCUCGCUGCAGGACUUCUCUGACCGGAUCAAAGUGAACACGGUGGACGAGGUGGAGAUCAACAAGAGGAGACAGUCUAUUUUCAACGCAGCGAUCAACAAACCAGAGAAUGAGCUGUCUUCAUCUUUGUCCAAUGAGUCUAUCAACAGUGAUCAUUCCAAAGACGAGUGGAAACAGAUCCUGGACCUGCUGUGGAGCGACCCGAUGAACCAGGACGGCUGCAUGCCCAACGAGGUGCGGGGCGGAGGCUGCUACUGGGGCCCCGACGUCACUGAGGACUUCCUGAACAAACACGGCCUGCAGCUCAUCAUCCGCUCCCACGAGUGCAAACAGGACGGUUACGAGUUCUGCCACAACCGUAAUGUCCUCACUCUGUUCUCCGCCUCCAAUUACUACGACGUGGGAAGCAACAGGGGGGCGUAUGUGAAGUUGGGUCCAGACCUUGUGCCUCAUUUACUUCAGUACCAGGCCAGCAGCAUGAUCAGAGAGCUCACCAUAAGACAAAGUGUCGGGCAAACCGAGCGCUCAGCCCUCAGAGUCCUGCGGGAGCAGCUGUUUGCGCACAAAUCUGACCUCAUCUGUGCCUUCAAAAAGUUUGACAGCGAGAACACAGGUCUUGUGUCUCUGAACGACUGGGCCUCUGCAGUGGAGAGCGUGAUGCACCUCAGUCUGCCCUGGAGGAUGCUGCGCUAUCAGCUGAUCACCAGUAAGAGCAGUGACGGCAUGAUAAAUUACUACGAGUGGUUCAACGAGCUCGCCAUCAAAGGACCCAACACGGAUCACAUUGACCAGAGUCUGCUGGAGACUUUGUAUCGCCAUCGCUCCACCUUGGAGACCAUCUUCAGGAUCGUAGACACAGACAACUCGGGCUUCAUCACCAUCGAGGACUUCCGGCAGACCUGGAAGCUGCUGAGCGUCUACCUAAAGAUGGAGAUCACGGACGACGCCAUCUCCGACCUGGCCGUCACUAUUGACCGCAACAAUGACGGCAGCAUUGACAUCGAAGAGUUCAUGGAGGCCUUCCGCCUCACAGACAAGAAGAGCCGGCUGGAGCGAGGGCGCAGCAUGUUCAUGGGGACGGGCACUGACCUCACCAAGCUGGAGGGAGAUCCCAACAUUUGAGCAGAGAGACUGGGAACAGAGAGCGACCUCAGCUCAGACUCAGAGGGUAGGGGGAGGGAGGAAGGUGAGAUGAAGCCAACGCAAGCUGCUUUAAUGACGCACAUUGAGACGUAGGAUGCUGCCGAGCAACAGUAGAUCACAUGGGAUUAGAGGGAGGAUAGAGUUCAGGGUAUUUGACAGCGAAUGUUCAUUUCGCAUUUUGAUGCAGUUUUAUCCACUGAGGAAGAGACUGAAACACGACUGCAUCACGUCUCAUUUAUUAAGUGAGAAGCAUUUAAAACUGUUGCAAAGCAAAAUCCACAAACAUAGAAACAAAAAGGCGUCAUAUUUACACUGCACGAUUAUUACAAGAAUAAUAAUAAUAUAUGUUGCAUUAAAAUCCAUUUCUUUUGUUGUUUUCAACAUGUUUUGACUCGUGAAAGGUAAAAGAUAAAAAGAGUAACACCUGCACACUGACACAGAUGUUUUUAAAUGGACAGCAUUAAUCGAUUUUCAUUACCGCAGAACCUUCCUAUAUAUACAAAUAGGCUCAGUACAGAGACAAUUAUACAUAACAUUAAUCAAGUAAUAUCUAAAAAAACAUCGAAUGCAGUUGUAAAUUACACAAAAACAAACAUGACAAUAUUGCACAUAAACAGCAUUUAAAAUGUAUUUGUAGUCAUAAUAGGGCUGCAACUAAUUAUUUUUAUGAUUGAUUCAUCUGCCAAUUGAUCACUUGUGUUUACUAUUUGGUCCAUAUAACAUCAGAAAAAUGUUUAUUACCAUUUACUUGAUGCAAAGGUGAUGUCACUAAAUGCCUUGUUUUGUCUGACCAGAAAACCAAAACCUUAGUUUAGUUUAUUUUGGUCAUUUUCUAUCUUAUAAAACUCAAAUAUGCACCAUACAGUCUAUGAUAUGCACAAGAAAAUAAAUAAAUAAUUGAAUAAUUAUUUGCAAUGCAGUGACAACUUUUGCUUACCGAAUAGGGGGUAAACUGAAACUUUAGCCUAAACCCUCUUUACAUAUAUUGUUUUGUACCUUUCCGUUUAGAUUCAUACAGUGAAAAUGAAAGAAACAAGCAAAUCAAUAUACCUGUAUAUAUUAUGUAUAUAUAUAUAUAUAUAUAUAUAUAUAUAUACCUAAACGUCCGAAAUAUUACAUUUACUAUGAUGUUUGAACAAGAAAUAAGAGCAAAUGUUCUCAUUUGACAACCAUAAAUCAGGGAAUCUUUGUCUUUUACUUAAAAAAAAAUGACUCAAGCAAUUCAUUAUUAAUCAAAAUAGUUGGGCCUUAAUUUUCUUAAUCGAUAAAUCGACUAAUUGUUGCCGCUCUGCUCCAUAAAAUGUGAAAAAUUUCCUAGAUGCCUUCUCAAAUGGCUUGUUUUGUUCAACCAACAGCCCAAAACCAGCAAUAUUCAGUUUACAGUGAUAAAAAAAUGGAGCAAAUCCUCACAUUUUGAUCCCAGUGAAGCAUUUUCACUUGAAAAAAUGACAUCUGAAAAUGAUUAUUUUUCUGUUGAUUCCCUAAAAUUAUUCAGUGUGCAGGUGUUAAUCUGUUCAUUUCCAGUAGCCUUGUAUCAACAUGUGAGGUGCGAAUAACUACACGCCUCCUAAAGACUUUAUGGAAACCAGACACUUAAAAAAACAAACCAAAAAACAGUAUAUGAUAAUAAACUUUAUUUUAUAUAUAUAUAUUAUAAUUGUGCAGCUCUCCAUUAGCUGCAUUAAGUAAUUGCAACCAUCAUGUUGCUGGUGCCUUAGCAGUAGAAGCGCUUUUACUUCUAGAGACACACUGAUGAUGUUUUGUAUCAGUGCCAACCGCCAACGAUGCACCGGGGUCCCUCCCCGUCUCAGAUGGGAUUGGAACCCUCACCUUGUACAGAACGGAGAACUCGUGUUUUCUUUCAUUUGACUUUUAGGAUGGUUACCUCCAAAGUGUUGCUUUGAAGCCCAGAAGCUGUGUUUUAAAGGGAUAGUUUGAUAUUUUGGGAAGUUAGAUGAGAGGAUUGAUACUACUCUCAUGUCUGUUCAACCUGGUAUCAAUCUUUUUGUCUAACUAUCCUUUAAGAUACAGAGACAACAUGGGGUUUUAGGGUUUUUCUGUUAAAACUUCUCAGUUUCCAUUGUUAGAUAAAGUUCCCACGUUGUUUAAAGUCAUUAUUAUAACUCAACCAAAAAAGAGAUGAGGAAACAGUGUGCGUAUGUGUAAAGUUGCUCUGUAUGUAAAAUGUAAAUUUUAAUGUAUGUGUGGUUUUUUUCUAGCAUGUUGACCAUGUAAAACGUUCAC